CCAACCUUUACCACCCUCACCUCUCACCCUCAGAGUUUUAUCGAAGCUGGCUUUUCCAUCGAUUUGUCGAUUUGCCUGUGCGCGACCAGCCCGCCUUCACAUUUACCGCGGAUCAUGGGCUACCGAUAGCUACUUGCGCCGACCGAUCCACCCAUCCUAUCGAUUGAUUGAGAUCCACUCGUUCGCGACCAUGGCAGACGCGCAGAGCAUGCCCAUAGAUACUCCGCCUCGAGGAGGACAAAUGAUCGACCAUGAAGGGAAGCACUAUACCACUAUCAAAGAGGGGUUGGCGCAUAUCCUCGUUCCCGAUGGUACACCCACGUCUACAGACCCUAGACUCUCGAAGGAGGAAACACAGAAGCAGCAGGUCUUCUACAAUCCCAUUCAGCAAUUUAAUCGAGAUUUGAGCGUGCUUGCGAUAAAAACUUUUGGAGAGGACUCGGUCGCACGCAAACAGGCGAAGCAUGAAUUUGCGGCGAAGAAGGCAGCUAAAAAGAUGAAGAGGAAAGCUAAACCCAUGCAGCAAGAGGAACCUACCACUGCCGAAGAUAAUGAUCUGUCAAAGAAGAGGAAGCUUGAUGGAGAUGAGCUUGUAGAAGCCGAAACACAUCCAAGCCCCAUCAAAAAAGCCAAGAAUACGGAUGCCUUACAAGACGAUGUCGAAGUGGCUCCUGUGUUACCUGAGCCCAAGGAACAAGCAAAGUCGGAAUGGAAGCCGCCCUUCACUAUUCUUGACGCACUUUCGGCUACAGGCUUGCGGGCACUCCGAUACGCACAAGAAAUACCCUUUGCGACAACGAUCACUGCGAACGAUAUGUCGCCGAAUGCUACAGCAUCCAUAGCGCUGAACAUUAAACAUAACAAACUGGAGGAUAAGAUCAAUGCACACACAGGAAAUGCCAUAGCAUACAUGUACAGUUUUGUGGACAAGAAAGGCUUCGAUGUGAUUGAUCUUGAUCCUUACGGAACAGCCUCACCCUUUAUCGAUUCCGCCAUACAAGCUAUCAACGACGAGGGACUUCUCUGCGUGACAUGUACCGAUUCGGCAAUUUUUGCUUCCCACGGAUAUUUAGAGAAGACCUACUCUCAGUACGGGGGGCUGCCUCUGAAGGGCGAGCCCUGUCAUGAAGGAGGUUUGCGAUUAGUUCUACACGCCAUCGCCUCCUCUGCUGCCAGAUAUGGUAUGGCUAUCGAACCACUUUUGUCUCUCUCAAUCGACUACUAUGUCCGAGUCUUCGUUCGCGUUCGUAGAUCGCCGAAUGAUGUGAAGCUUCUAGCUGGGAAGACCAUGAUUGUGUAUCAUUGCGAGAGCGGCUGUGGAGCAUGGACCACUCAAUUCCUCGCUCGCAACAAAUUCUUAAAAAACAAGCACGGCGAGCAAUUCUCUAAACAUUCUUUCGCAGCAGCCCCAACUGCUAGCCAGAAUUGCGAGCAUUGUGGCUUCAAAACGCAUCUUUCAGGACCCAUGUACGGUGGACCAUUGCACAACGUGGAAUUCAUCAAACGUGUUCUUGCGCAACUAAAAGAUGCUGAUCGUGAGACAUAUCCCACGAUGGCUCGCAUCGAGGGUAUGCUGCACACAGCAAUGGAGGAGGUCACGUUUGGCUCACAGAGAGUCAGCGACGAGCAAGAACCGGAGAAGCUGGAUCCUUUGAUCCCCAAAGCUGAUCCAACAGAGAUAGACCAUCACCCGUUUUUCUUUAUCCCUGGCUCCCUUUGCAAGGUCAUACAUUGUUCGGCACCUAAUAUUGCACUACUACGUGGUGCAUUGCUUCAUGCUGGGUACCAGGUUACAAUGAGCCACUGCAAGCCGGGAUCCCUGAAGACGGAUGCCUCGUGGAAAGCCAUCUGGCAUAUUAUGCUGGAGUGGGUCCGCCAAAAAGCCCCACUGAGGAACCCGUUGAAAGAAGCCAGUGCAGGACGCGCGAUUGUAUCCAAAUCCGAUGUACAACAAGCCGAAGCAGAGAUUUCAACAAACGAGCAGGGCACGGCCAUGGAAGACACACGGCUCGACAAUGAGGAAAAAGCGGCAGACAAGGAGCAGCGCCCAUCAUACAUGGGUGUCGACUUCGAAGUCAAAUUUGAUGAAAAACUCGGCAGAGAUCAGCACAGAGGCAAGCUCGUCCGGUAUCAAAUGGCACCUCGUGAAAAUUGGGGUCCUAUGGCUCGCGCGAAAUAA